CAUCGGAUACCAAAGGCCUUAAGUUUUUUGUUGCCAAUUUUGCUAUAUAUAUACCUCAUUUGUAAGCGACCUUUUUCCAUAAGGAACCUCUUGAAAGCGAAUUACGAUGUCACUUGCACCCUCCACACCUGUAGCUUCGACCCAACUUGCAGUACCUGACAUCGCACGACCUUCUGUAGAUUUUCCUCCAGGCAUUUUAUUGGAGGAUGUUUUCCUUAAAUAUGAUCCAGAAUCAUUGGAAAUUAGUGACGAUGUGAAGCAGCAAGCUCAAAUAUUAAAAAAAGCGGUUGAAAAGAUGUUUCAAUCAUCAAUCAAUCAAAGUAUCACACAAAAACUAAAUUUUAUUGGCUUACUCCAAUGUUUAGGUAUAUCCUAUCAUUUCCAACAAGAAAUUAAUCAUACAUUGAAACAAAUUUAUAACACUUUUACAAAAGAGAAUAUCAUUGGUGAAGUUGGUGAUCUUCACUCUCAUGCUCUACUCUUCCGCUUGUUAAGGCAAAAAGGAUAUCAAAUUUCAUCCGGUAUAUUUAACAGAUUCAAAAAUGAGCAAGGAAACUUCAACGAAACACUUACUAGUGAUAUUCAAGGAUUAUGUAGCUUGUAUGAAGCUUCACAUCUAAGAACUCAUGGAGAUGAUAUAAUGGAAGAAGCAUGUGACUUCUCAAGUACUCAACUUAAGUCCUUGGCCAACCAACUUAGUGCAUCUCUUGUUGCACAAAUCAAUCACUGCUUAAGGCAACCUAUAAAUAAGAGUGUACCUAGAUUUGAGGCAAAGUAUCAUAUAAGUAUAUAUGAACAAGAUUCUUCCUACAAUGAAUCUCUGUUAGCCUUUGCAAAAAUAGAUUUCAAUAUUCUUCAAAAUUUGCAUCUAAAAGAAAUUUGCAACAUUUCCAAGUGGUGGAAAAACUCAAACUUUGAGAAAAAAGUUCCUUAUGCUAGAUAUAGGUUACUAGAGAGCUAUCUUUGGUCAUUGGCCAUGUCGGACAAACCUGAAUACAACAUUGGAAGAAUGUUUGUGGGAAAAUUGAUUGGUGUAGUGUGUCUUCUAGAUGAUACUUAUGACGCUUAUGGCACUGUUCAAGAACUUGAACUUUUCACAGAAGCAAUUCAAAGAUGGAAUAUUAAGCCCAUAGAAUCUCUUCCACAUUGCAUGCAAGAAGUAUUUAAUGCAAUUGUAGAAUUAUGUGAUGAAAUAGAGUCGACGACAACUGAAAGUGGAAAAUCAAGCUUUGUGGUGCCACAUUUUAAACAAGCUGUUUUUAACCAAGUAAAAGGCUACAUGGUUGAAGCAAAAUGGUGCCAUGAGGGUUACAUUCCAACAUAUGAUGAAUAUAAAAUUAAUGGAAUUUUAACUUCUUGUUUCCCUCUUUUCAUAACAUCAUUUGUUGGCCUCGGGGAAUUUGCCACAGAAGAUGUGCUCAAUUGGAUUUCUAGUGAUCCAACGAUCAUUAAAGUUGUAUCAGUUAUUGGUAGAGUCUUGGAUGAUAUGGCCUCACAUAAGUUUGAGCAACAAAGGGUGCAUGUUGCCUCAGCAGUUGAAUGUUGCAUGAAACAAUAUGGUAUUUCACAAGCAGAAGCCUAUUGCUUUAUUCACAAUGAUGUUGAGGAAUGUUGGAAGAUUAUAAAUGAAGAGUGUAUCAAGUUAAAUGAUAUUCCAAAGUCUGUGAUUGAGUGUAUAGUUAAUUUGGCACGCAUGUCUGAAGUUUCAUAUGAAAAUCAUCAAGAUAAAUACACAAAUAGUGAAUUGUUAAAAGAUUACAUCUAUUCACUAUUUCUGGAUCCCAUGCACGUGCCGCAACCAACACCAGCAGGAGAAGAUAUUUAAUGUAUAAGUGAGUAACAUAGUUUAUUUUAACUUUGAAAAGAUGUACUACCAUAUAGUGCUAUGUAAAAGCAACCAUAAAUAAACAUGAAGAUGAGUGAAUUGUUCGUAUAAAAGUCAAUUUGUCUUGCUUAAAAUGUUGAAUGUGCAAGGUCUGACAAAUGUUGUUGAUUGUAGUAGUGUUAAUGUGAAGUCAUGUGCUUAAUUAUCAAUGUAAUAAUUAAUGUUUACGAAGUUUAAUUUGUACUUGUUUGUUCAUUUUUUA